UCUAAGCCAAAAGGCCAGAGUGGUGAAGAUUCAUGAUGUUCAGCACUGGCCUUUAUACGAAGCCAAUGGUGGUCUCAAAGACCUAUUCGCGGCUGAAGAUCGCUGGAUCCGAAUGUAUACAUGUGCAUCCCUACAUCUUCCUCAACGCAGUUUCGGUCCCCUGCUUCUUCUUAUUCUUCUUGUGGGCCACAGACGUUCCUCCUCGUCGUCGGACCACAGUGUUCUCCGGGAGCAGCGUGGUCACUCUACCCAGCUCAACAUUCCACACGCACAGCAACGUCUUGCCGCUGUCCUUCCACUUGACUCCCCAAAUCUGUUCCCUGUUGUCCUCGUCGUUCAAUAAUGUCAAGGUUCCCUCAUCGAGGUCGACCGGAUCCGGCUGAUUUCUGGCUCGAUCGACCACCUGAUUCAGCGUACGGUAGUCUGCAUCGUCCAGCUCUAGGGAAUAUCGUUCGUAGGCACGCUCGCGGACAUGCUCUUGCGAGUAGGCGAAGUCUUUGGAUGACUUGGGCAUACCAGUGGAUGAAUGGGAUGUACUCGAGUAUGAUUCA